UGCAAAGAACAACAAUUAAAUUUCAAUCAGUAACACUUCUGUUUCAGAUACUAGAAAUAAAGUUUUUUUUCCCCCAAUUUGUGAAUCAAAACUUCUUUUAUUAGUUUGGCAACAUAUUUUUGAAUGCGUGGAACAUUUGUUUUGGCCACAUAGACGUAUUAACAAGACUGAAAUAAACAGAUGAACAAAUUAUGAUGAACUAUUCCAGAAAAUUCAUUUUCAUUUGGCUCUUACUAUAUCCUCUUGCUCUUUUUCCAGCACAAGAUGCUGUUGAGAAAAGUCAUUCCACAUCUGUGGCUGGAAUGGUACAACUUUUAGAGCUCGAAACGCAAUUGAUUGAUAAUCUAAAUAGAUAUGCUGACAAAUUGGAAUCAAAACUAAAAAUAGUGCGCAGUGGAAUAGCAGAAAUGAGUUUAAAAAACGCUAAGGCAGCACUUUCAAUAGAAGAGUAUUUGAGCAAUCCAUUAAUUGCAUUUUCUUUAAUUCGUCGCAUGAAUCGCGAUUGGAUUAACUGGGAAUUGUACAUGGACGAACCAAUUGGCACAAAAGAAAUUGAUUUUUUACAAGAUCACAGAGAAUUUUUACCGACCUCAACAGAUCUUGAGGAGGCUUCUGACGGCUUUGAACUCAUACAAACUACUUAUGGACUGAAUUCAACAGACAUGGCCAAAGGUCUCCUCAAUGGCAAACAAUAUGAUGCGAGAUUAAGUGUUUUGGAUAUGUAUGCAAUUGGCCAAUAUCACUACGAUCAAGAGAAUUAUGGAGCAUCUAGUGAUUGGCUAUAUCUGACUAUUGAAAACCAUAAGCAAAAUCCAGUGGGUGUUCCAUUGCAGAUUGAUUUCUCGGACGUCUUGCUACUCUAUGCUGAGGUCCUUGUUAAAUUGAAUCGCUAUAAAGAUGCUGUACAAGUUAUAAAUGUAGCACUUAAAGACAAGAAAUUUGAUGCUAAACUCAUACGCAGGCGUUUGGAAAUCGAAACACUGAUAAGAAAUGAACCCAACAUUAAACCGAAGCCAUUUAACAAAAGCGUGGGGGACUUCGAACGAGGAUGUCGUGGUGAGUUUCCUGCCUUAACUGAUGCGAAAUUGUAUUGCAUCUACAAUACAACAAGCUCUCCAUUCCUACGUCUGGCGCCACUAAAAAUGGAGUUAAUUGGCCUAGAUCCUUACAUGGUACUCUAUCACGAUGUCAUUUCGCCCAAUGAGAUAGCUGAACUGCAAGAAAUGGCCAAGCCACAACUAAAAAGAGCAAGAGUCUAUAAUUCAACCAAAAAUACUGAUCAAUUGUCUAAGACGCGGACGGCGAAGCUGGCUUGGUUUUUAGAUACCUUUAAUCAACUGACAGAACGUCUAAAUCAACGUAUUAUGGAUAUGACUAAUUUCGUUUUAAAUGGCUCGGAAAUGCUACAAGUUAUGAACUAUGGUCUAGGUGGAUACUAUGUUAAGCAUUUCGAUUAUUUCAAUACGACUAAGGGUCCGCAUAUAACCCAAAUAAACGGCGAUAGAAUUGCAACAGUUCUCUUUUAUUUAAAUGAUGUGGAACAGGGUGGUGCCACAGUCUUUCCAGAAAUCAAAAAGGCAGUUUUUCCCAAACGAGGAUCUGCCAUUAUGUGGUAUAAUCUGAAAGACGAUGGCGAAGGCAACCGAGACACACUGCAUGCAGGUUGCCCAGUGAUAGUUGGUUCUAAAUGGGUUUGCAACAAAUGGAUACGGGAACGUGAGCAGAUCUUCAGACGGCCUUGCCUGGUCAGAAAAUAAUUCAUGAACUGAAAAUACUUUCUUUGGCUGAUUGGUAAUAUCAAUUAACUGAUGUUAAAAUUUAAAACUCGAUUGUCUAAAAAUCUGAUCAUAUAUUAAUCAUAAUUUGUAUAUAUUUAUUAA